AAUAUGUCGUUGAGGAUACUACACGCCGGGUCGAAGAUACCACGAAAUCACAGCGUUAGAUUUACAAGCGAUGACCUCCCGAAAUACAAAUCUUUGGAAUCUCCACCAGAUUCUAGUCUACCCAACUACGUGUACUCGGGCCCUGACUCCGGCGCGCCAAGUCCUGACUCCUGCCACUUCCAACCAGCCGCCCAGCGCUUUCGACUCAACGAGCAGAGAAUCAAACUGCUGACAGCGAUCAAUCAAAUCGUACAGCAACGUGCCGACCUCGAAGCAAACCGCGUCACCCUCUCGAAUCUUCUAGAAGAGUUGAAGAGGAAACUCAAGAGACGGAUAGAAGAAUGUCACUUCGAAAAGAAAGAGAAAAUGAAGGCACUAAAACAAGCCAACCAACGUCUGGAGAAAGAGAAGUACUGUAUAUCAACAGAAAUAGAACAUUUGAAGCGUCAUUUGCAGAAAGAAGAGGCACAUCAUGUGCAACAUGCAAGAACGGUGGUUGCACAGGCGAUACAAGGUGUAACAAAACUGCAUCCAACCGAGAGUAUAUUCACUCCUUGCUCUGUAGCAGAUCUGCCGAAUAUGGUCAGCAGGAACGUAGCCAAAAACGCACCAUCGAGGAUCGCUGACAACAAACUAGCGGCCGCUCGUCUGAUGCGCGACAUAGCUGAACUGCGGCAAAGGGUCGCUCAAGUGGAAGCCAGGCUCGCCAACGAACUCAAGCGUAAGAGGCAGGCUGAGCUCGACAUUAUACGACUGAGGAAGGAGCUCUCCACCACCAAGAGUUGCGUCGCCUCGCUGCGGAUGCCGCUACAGCCGCUCAGGAAACCCUGCUCCAAAUUCGCUUGA